AUGGGAGCGUAUUUAAGUAAACCGGUGACCGAAAAAAUAUCGGAAUGUGGUGAAAAUGAAAGAGUUCGUUAUGGAGCGACAAGUAUGCAAGGGUGGCGCAUUAAUCAAGAGGAUGCACAUAAUUGCAUUGUAAAUUAUGACGACGAUUGCUCUUUCUUUGCCGUAUACGAUGGUCAUGGAGGUUGUGAGGUGGCCAGAUAUGCUGCGAAUCAUUUACCAUAUAUGUUAAAGUCGAGUAACUGCUGGUAUUCUCAGAAUUAUACGAAGGCUAUACAAGAUACUUUUCUGCAGUUGGAUGAAUUGUUAAGAUCCGAUGCAGUUUUAAGAGAGCUGAAGAAAUUAAGAGGUUCUGUAGAACGUAAAUGUCCUGAUUCAAGCGACGAUGAUGAUGAUAAGCAAGCAUUAUACGAAGAAGCUGGGAUGCCCAUUGAAGCAAUUCUUAAAAGAUACGGAAUUCUCUUUCAACCUGGUCAUAAUGGGAAAGAAGCGGUUAUCAAUUUCGGAGAAUUACGAGAGCAAAUUGAGCAAGACAAUGAAGAGAUGCCUGAGAUAUCGGACGAAGAUGAAAAUGAAGUUGAAGAAAAUGGAUCAAGUGAAGGAGAGAAAGAAAUAAUUGAAGAAGGUCUCAAUGGUGAUCUGAUGGUUCUAGAAGAAGCAGAAGAUCAUGAAAAAGAACUUCUAAAACAGGCAGACGAAAGAACAGUGGAAGAAAAGCGCAAAAAACGAUAUUCAGAGUCCCCUCGCAGUGCAAUAAUAGCAAAGCGCAUUAAAUCAAUUGAUGAUAUGGUAUCAACAGAUAGCUGUGAUGAUUUAUCCUCAAAGACUAUAUUGAAUGAUUCUGAACUAAUAACAAAAAAUGAAAAAACUGAAUAUGCUAUAAUGAAUGAAGUAGCAGCCAGCGAUUCAGAAGUUCCAGGUCCUGCGGAAUUGUCUCCCACUACAGUUUCUGGCGAUUAUGUUGUUGAACAUGAAUCUCACACAGAAAAACUGCAACUUUCUGGAACUUUUGAUGGGCAAACAACAUUUUCUUCCGAUUCUGAGCAGUCAGUUGAUGAAGAUUAUAACGAUGCUGAAUCCCCAAGAGAAAGUGAAGAGGAGGAAGAAGACAGCGAUGGACUCGUAGAGAAAGAAGAUGAAUCAGAGCUUUCAAAAUUCAGUGAUACUCCAGGAGAAGAUUCUGGUUCAACAGCGUGUAUUGUCAUAUUAUUCAAGGCACUGUUUUUGCAAGUUUGUACAAAGUGGUAG